UCUGAUAGUUAGCUCGCUGGCUCGGAUGAUGAUGAUGAUGAUGUCCUACACUUGACGAGUCGGGGUUGGUCAUCAUAUCCCCCGCAGCUUCACUUAAUCAAACUACUGAGCUGUGUGAGCACCAACAACAAAAAACAUUGCUAGUGCGGAGAACAGACCCAGCCAGGUCUCUGUGCUUAGUAAAGCGCAUAUAAUUUAGACCUCUAUAUAUUGAGAAAGUGAUCGCAGCUGCCUGGAUGUCAGCAAAAGGCAGGAAGUAUCAGAAGAGAGUGUCUUUCUCUGAGGAGGACAAUGAUCAGGAUUGGAAAGAAGAGAACGGGGGUCUGGAUUCACAUCAUUUGAGAUCAGUGAAAACCGUUAGGGAUUCAUCUGGCUACUACCAUCACACAAUGCAAGGGGGUGAUAAUAAUCCCAUAGAAAAGCGACUCACGAUGAUGAGAGAGAAGGGAAGACGACAAGCUAUCCGAGGCCCGGCGUUCAUGUUUAACAACAGAAGCACCAGCCUGACGACAGAAGAGGAGAGAUUUUUGGAUGCCGCAGAGUAUGGAAACAUUCCUGUUGUGCGCAAGAUGCUUGAGGAAUCCAGGACUUUAAAUGUCAACUGCGUCGACUACAUGGGCCAAAGCAGCCUGCAGCUCGCAGUUGGAAAUGAACAUCUGGAAGUGACUGAGCUGCUCCUGAAAAUCGACAACUUGGCCCGCAUUGGUGAUGCUCUGAUGCUUGCUAUCAGCAAGGGUUAUGUGCGGAUUGUGGAAGCGAUUUUGAACCACCCGGCUUUUGUUACAAGUAAACGCUUGACUCUCAGCCCCUGUCAGCUGCAGGAUGAUGACUUUUAUUCCUAUGAUGAAGAUGGCACAAGGUUCUCUCCUGACAUCACCCCUAUCAUUCUAGCUGCCCACUGCCAGAAGUACGAGGUCGUGCACAUGCUGCUCAUGAAAGGCGCUCGCAUUGAGAAACCCCAUGACUAUUUCUGCAAGUGCAAUGAAUGCAUGGAAAAGCAGAGGCAUGACGCUUUCAGUCAUUCCCGUGCAAGAAUAAAUGCCUACAGAGGAUUAGCAAGUCCUGCUUAUCUGUCUUUGUCUAGUGAAGACCCAGUCUUCACAGCUUUAGAACUUAGCAAUGAGCUGGCCAAGCUGGCCAACAUUGAAAAAGAAUUUAAGGACAACAAAAAAAAAGAGACGGUGCAGCUCAAUUGCUUCUCCCUGAAUGACUAUCGCAAGCUAUCUAUGCAAUGUAAGGACUUUGUAGUGGGUGUUCUUGAUUUGUGCCGAGAUACUGAAGAAGUCGAAGCCAUACUGAACGGAGAUGUGGAUGCUGAACAAGUCCAAGGGCAACACCACAGGGCUUCCCUUAGUCGAGUCAAACUUGCCAUCAAGUACGAAGUCAAGAAGUUUGUUGCCCAUCCAAACUGUCAACAGCAGUUGCUGACAAUCUGGUAUGAAAACAUCUCAGGACUACGGGAGCAGGCCACCGCCAUCAAAUGCCUUGUGGUACUUGUUGUUGCCUUAGGCCUUCCAUUCCUUGCUGUUGGAUACUGGUUUGCUCCAUGUAGCAGGCUUGGGAAAAUCCUCCGAAGUCCCUUUAUGAAGUUUGUGGCACAUGCUGCAUCCUUCAUUAUAUUCCUGGGAUUGCUGGUGUUUAAUGCCUCUGACAGAUUUGAAGGCAUAACAACAUUACCAAACGUCACAGUCACAGAUUAUCCUGCACAGAUAUUCCGAGUGAAAACCACAAGGUUUAGCUGGACAGAGAUGCUCAUCAUGGUCUGGGUUCUAGGUAUGAUGUGGUCAGAAUGUAAGGAUCUGUGGAUGGAAGGCCCAAGAGAAUACAUUUUGCAGUUGUGGAACGUUCUGGAUUUUGGAAUGCUCUCUAUAUUUAUCGCUGCAUUCACAGCAAGAUUCUUUGCCUUCCUUCAGGCCACGAAAGCUCAACAAUUUGUAGAUGAACACAAUUUCAGUGACCUAUCUACAGUAACACUUCCACCAGAUAUUGCAUACUUUACCUAUGCAAGAGACAAAUGGCUCCCCUCAGAUCCACAGCUCAUAUCUGAAGGUCUAUAUGCUAUUGCAGUGGUUCUCAGUUUCUCCAGGAUUGCUUAUAUUCUGCCUGCAAAUGAGAGCUUUGGCCCACUGCAGAUCUCCCUUGGCAGGACGGUCAAGGACAUUUUUAAGUUUAUGGUCUUGUUUAUCAUGGUAUUCCUGGCCUUUAUGAUUGGGAUGUUUAUUCUCUAUUCAUACUACCUUGGUGCUAAAGUGAACCCAGCUUUUACCACAGUUGAAGAAAGUUUUAAAACUUUGUUUUGGUCUAUAUUUGGUCUGUCUGAAGUAUCUUCAGUCGUGCUCAAAUAUGACCAUAAAUUCAUUGAAAACAUUGGCUAUGUAUUAUAUGGAAUAUACAAUGUGACAAUGGUGGUGGUGCUUCUCAACAUGCUGAUUGCCAUGAUCAACAGUUCAUACCAAGAAAUAGAGGAUGAUGCAGACGUGGAAUGGAAAUUUGCUCGUUCAAAACUCUGGCUGUCGUACUUUGAUGAUGGAAAAACAUUACCCCCUCCAUACAGUAUUGUGCCCAGCCCCAAAUCCUUCUUUUACUGCAUCAUGAGAGUGGUGAACCUUUUCAGAUGCAGAAGGAGAAGACUUAAGAAGGAUGUAGAACUGGGAAUGGACAACUCCAAGUCCAGGUUGAACCUGUUUACUCAGUCGAACCUGAAAAUCUCAGAAACGCACAGUUUCAACUCUAUACUCAACCAACCAACACGCUAUCAGCAAAUAGUAAAACGUCUUAUAAAACGCUUUGUGUUAAAAGCACAAGUUGACAAGGAAAGUGACGAAGUCAAUGAGGGUGAACUGAAAGAAAUCAAACAGGACAUCUCCAGUCUCCGCUAUGAACUUCUGGAAGACAAGUCUCAAACGACUGAGGAGCUGUGUGUUCUGAUACAAAAGCUUAGUGAUAAGCUUAACGUUAGCAUGACAAGAUGUGAAUGAUUACAAAUUUUUAGAAAUAUCUGCAUUAUGGACAAAACAAUUAUUAAUUACAAGUUUAAUAUUUUGAGCCAGAAAUCAGCUAAAUUAUGCUUAAUGCUUAUAGAAGUAGUAGCUAGCCUUCUGUGCCUGGCUUGUGUUGGUUAUUUUGUAUAGUAAUUAAUUAUUUCUGUUUUGUUUUUUCAGUUAUUUGUAUUUGUUUAAUAUGUGUACAACACAUAACUGUGUAAUGCACAAAUUAAUAUAUAUAUAUAUCUAUAUAUAUCUAUAUAUAUAUAUAUAUAUAUAUAUAUAUAUAUAUAUAUAUAUAUAUAUAUAUAUAUAUAUAUACUUUGCACAUGAAGACAACAAAGAGGACAACCUCUUAUGGGAAAUCUGGAGGGACAUAGAUGCUUGCCAAAGUCUGUGCUAAACUGAGGUGUCACAUGUGGAUACAGAAAGAUAGAUUUUGUGCCUACAGUACAUGUAAACAUAGUGUAAUGAAAGCACAGAUUACUGCAAUAAUACUUGUGACUAAAGCAAAACUGGCUUAACAUUUACAUUCUGUAAAUAUGUUGUAGUACACGUUUUUAUAUCGACAUUCAGAACAGUCAAAUGUCAUAUUUUAUGUUACUGUAUGUACAUUUCAACUAGAAAAAAAAAAAAAAAAAAGCAUAUCAACUUCCUUACAUGUAGCUUUCUUAUCACAAGAAGGAACACAUUUUGAACAGCUGAAUGUUUUAAAAUGUAAAACUACAGGUUGUUUCACUUUUAGGUAAAGGUAAAUUAUAGAAAAAUAAAUAUGUUAGAAGCCCCUUUUUUAUAUUCUUGGGCCAAGCUUAAAGAUUUUAUACAGCAAGAAAUCAAACUCAAUCAGUUUAACUUUCAAUAAUACAAAAAAAAACAGUAUAUUUAUUUCACUAUAUAAGUUGUAGAGAUAUAUAUUUAUAGAUACAGUAUAUUCUACAGUAUGAUGUAUACAAAAUAUUUUAACAUCUAAUUUUAUGAGUGCUCUCUAUAUUUUAAUCCCCGCUAAAAUUUGAAUACCACCAGUGACAUAGCUAAGAGUGUGCCAAAUGGUGACAUUACCAAGAACGUCCACAAAACUAAUUGUACACAGAUUGUUCUGGAAUUGUAUAAUUGUGCCUAGAUAAUAUUGUUAACAGUUCUGAGGCUAUUAAAUACUCUAAUGAUUUAAUUCACUUAGAUUUUUCUAUUCUAUAAAUCUAUGCAGGGUGAUUAUUUAACUUGUCAAUGUUGACAUGGGGCUUAAAAUGCAACACAGUAGUACGCAAUAUAAAUCAAAUUUUGUAUUAGAACUUUUAUAUUUUAAUUCUGGAGAAUAAGUUUGCUUAGAGGUAAUUAUCUUUGUAUGUUAAUAAAUAAAACAUAUUGCUGUAUGACUUUAAAAUGUAAGAUGACAGAUUAUGUAUAUUGUUAACUAUUGUAUUUAAACAACCCUAUGAUGUUAAUAACAUUGUAUAGGUUUUUCCUUGGUCCUUUUGUAUUAAUGCUCCAGAUACAUUUUAGUCAAGCCUAUAAAGUGUAUUUUACACAAUGAA